AUGAACGCUGUGCUCUUCCAGUUUAUCGAACCAAAGAAAUCUGCAUGGCAGACGAGAAGAAAUAACAUGCAAAUGGAAAAGGAGAAAGUGGGAGAACCAGGUAUUUUUUCAAAACUUUGAAAGUGAGGAAGUAUGUCAGCUUUUCUUGAUUAUUAUCUGUUCUUACCCUACCCCCACAGUUGUCUCUCAACAGGGGUAGGGAGGGUAUUAACUGAGUUAAUAGACUCAAGAACUCAUUUGUCUAAUAUUACAUGAAUGUAGAGCUGAUUUUAUUUUUUCUUAAGCUUUAUUUCCUAUGCUAUUUUCUAGGGUCUUGGGACCCCACAACGAAAUGGCCAUAUAGAGAUGAUAAACGUUGCUUGAAAAACAACUCGCGUGUUUUUAAAGGAGUUACAAGUUGCAAUAUAAAUUUCGAUAAUUAAUCUGUUUGAGUGUCAAAUUGUUUACAAUCUGCUGAUUUCAAGUGUGUUCAAACUGGAUAGCCUUUGGAAAGAAUUCAAUUGUUGUGGGAAUGAAAUUUGUUCCUGAUUUGUCGUUUAUCUAUCGGCUCUCUUGUGUACAAGAGGGGGUUACCACAUUGACGCAUUUUCAAGGCGCGUUUGAAUAAAGAUACGAAAACAAUAAAGAGAUAUAAACAUUCUAUACUUUUUUAUAGUGCGAUGUACAAAUACAAUUUUUUUUUAGCUAAUGAAUUGAUAGUGAAGGAUAUAUUCAAAAGCUGAUGUUCUGAGCGGCCAUUCUUAGUUCUUUUUCAGUUAGAACUUUCUACAAUGAAACGUUGCCCAGCCACUGUCCGACCAUCCUAACUACGGUGCAAAAACAAUGUGUAAAACCAUGUAAGGGAAACCAAAACAGUCUUGGAUUCUUGAUACCAUGCCAUCGAUUCCUGAUUCCAGGUACUGGAAUUCCAGUCUUAGUCAGUGGAAUCUGGAUUCUGGAUUCCAAUCUUUAGUGGGAUUCCGGAUUCUUUGAACUGUAUUUCGGAUUCCAAGGCCCAGGAUUUCGGUUUUCACAUUGAGCAAAUUUUUCCCGGAUUUCGGAUUCCACGAGCAAAACUUCCAGCAUUCAGGAAUCCGGAAUCCAGAUUUCCUUACAUGGGGCGAAAUGUGACAAAAUCGAAAUUCGUAUUUCGUUGACUGUCGGCUUUCACAUCUCCGUAAGGGGUUUUAGGAGGGCUUAUAAAAGGUAAAACCGGAAGUUCGGCUUUUCCAUCAACCCCCAUCUUUUGUGAAUGUUCUGCAAUGAGACUUGAUUGAUUUAGCCGAACAGUACAAACAGACUUCUUGAGUCAAUAUAAAAGUCUUAAAACAAAAGCAAUAAGGACCUUGUCCCAUGUACAGUAGUCUUCGUCAGUCUUCUUAGAUUGCGGUUGACUUCAUAAAGCCGGACUCCUUUUUGCUCACGUACUUUUCAUUGCUACCCUUGUCAAGGCUAUUAUUCUAGACUGAUGAAUGCUUAGAAUUGUUUUAUUUCCUUACACAGAAGCAUAUGCUUUACUCGGUGUGAUGUACGCAAGAACGUGAUUUGAAUCUAUGUUUAACAAUAAAAAUAAUUAUAUUCAAAUUUCUUUAAGAAACCAUUGUUUUGUGUUUUUCUUUUAAAAAAGUCAACCACUUAGAGUAGCUUUUGAUUCACCUCAUUGAACACGCCCUUGUGCCUUCUGAACAGAAAGAGAAUUCUUUACAAAGGCAGUUUAACAAUUGCUUGAAGUUUUUUACUAGAAGAAAACGGAAAAUUGUUCAGUUUGCUUCAUGCCGGGGCCUCUUGGGGCAUUCAGUAAUCGAAUUUUAAUUUUGAUCUUGCGCGUAACGAGAAUCAAAAUAGUCUAAACAUUUUAACAUUUUUCUUUUAAACAGUUAUGCUCUCUCUUAAACAAAUUAACCUUCCUACACAACCAGUAAUCGGCUCCUGACACGACAAAACGGUCAAUUAACAACUUCACAGUUAUCGGUUUUCACAAUUCACCGGCUGUACUUAAGAUCGAUGCGUUUCACUGAAGUAAGAUGAGUAUAUACUGAGGUUUUUCUGUAUAAAUGGGCGGUUUUCGAGGUUUUUAAACACUGAAUUACAUCGCCGAUCUCAUUAAUACUUUAUACGGUAUUCACUAUAGACUCUUCUUUUUAUCGGCAAAGAAAAAAGAUUUAUUAAAAUUGUUUUAAAUUAAAAUAAAUUACUGUUACGAACAAAAGAAAUAUUUCGAUGGUGAUACCAACGUAGGCGUUUUUACUAUUAUUAUAAUGAAGUCCUUGGGGUGAAAUAUCCGCAUUAAUUCGGUCGAAAUAUUUCCAGUGUAGAACUCAAAUCCUUGCAUUAUUUUACACUGAUAAAAUUUGUUUCGAUGUUACGGCCGACAAACUUUAAAUUGCACCGCCGUAGCCAGUCACAGUGAGGCGAACCGAGGCACUCGCCUCGGUAAAAUUUUAUCAAAUACUGUCGAUUUUUAUUUUUUUUAUCAGACUGAUAAUAUUAGAAGAUUUCAUACGGCUGAUUUCGUACAACGGACCGUGUGUUCGCCUCGGUUGUAGUUUCUUCCUGGCUACGGCCCUGAAUUGAAUAAAAGAAAGACAAAAGCGAUGCCCUCUCCGAGGUUCAAAAUGCCAUUGUUUGUCCCCCAAAUUUUGAUUUAUUCCAAACAAUGUUAAUUUACGAUAUUCAAUGCGACUGGAAAGAAAACCUGAUUAUUUUGCCAAACUAUAUUUGCUAGUUAAAGUGAAAGGUUUGCUUCCUUAUAUAAAGUUGAGUAUAUUUUUUCAAUUGUUGCCUGCUUAAAUUCAUUCCUUUUCGUCAUCAGACUCGGUGUCGGCUUAUGACAGAUGUUUAAGGAGAAAAAUGUACGCAUAGAAAAAAAACAAACACACAAAACCAAAUAAAUGUAAUGGCAGCACGAGAAAACAUUAUUCGGGAUUUGAUCCAAUCGAAAUUGCACAAAAAUCCAAAAUUUUAUGCCCACUGUAAUGGGCAAUAAUAUCCUGCUAUCCGAAGGCUCUGAUUGGUCCAUAAUUAUUGAAUAUUCAUGCAAAAAUUGAGUUCGUCCGGAAGGCCAAGAUGGCUCCCUCGAAAGGUAAAAAUUCGCGAAGAAGUGCUACGUUUUGUGCACGUUGAAAGCUAUGUUAGUUAAAAAUGGACGAAGGCUAAUAUCUGCGAUACUAUUCUUGGAUUUCAGAUGAGGAGACGCGAAAGAAAUUGCUGGAGAACCUCAAGAAAGAGGUGAAUGAAAUUUUGCUAUAAUUUCUUUCUCGUCGCCCCUGGGAUAAGUACUCCGCCAGAACUUGGCUCCUGCUUCUGUAUGCUUUUGCUUAGGGUUGUGUAGAAUUUAUGUGUUAUUUUUGAAAGGCAAAGCAUUCGAAAACUGAGGUUUUUUAUGCUUCCAAAUACGAUUUUCGGAACGCAGUGCCUUUUAAAUUCUCAUCUUUGCUCUUCGAUUCCCAGGUCAAACAACUGAUGGAAGAGGCCGUCACAAAGAAAUUUAUUCAUGCGGACAGCUCAAGUAUAACCUCCCUUUGUGGUAAGAACUAAAUUCUUCGUAUCUAGGGUUGUUUCUGAUGUAAGAGUGUGAUUUUUCAAUGCUCAUUUCGUGUGCAUUGCAAGAUUUUUGGUGCUUAUUUUUGAUUAUCAUAUAGCCAUUUGCAUCGCUUAAUCGACUCAGAUAUAUGGAAGCUUGUUCGUGAAAAAACAGGGCAGAAAAGCGGAAGCAAAAUUUUAUUUUCAGUGGAAAUUGGUGUGCUGCAUUCGAAGCCUUGUUGCUUGGUUUAUUCCUCUCUCUGUUGCCAAAUUUAGCCGGUUUCAUGUUGUAAUAAUUCAGUGCAAAUUUUGUCGAGCCAUUUGAUCGCGACGCUCUCGACCCCUUGAUCUAUUCUGGAUCGAGCUUUCUCGGAGCAAGUUUUGUUUACACACAACCAUCAAAACAAAUAAACCAGCCCAAUGUUUGGAUGGAGAUUUCCCUUAAGGUUUUUCUAUAAAAUUUCUAAGGAAAUAUCUCUAAAACAACCAUUUAUUACAGUAAUUUCCCUCUCCAGGGAAAUUCGCAUAAAUAUUAUUACCCAAGAGACACUCUUCCGUAAUACAUAAUAGAUAAACUGCUAACUGCUAACUAGCUGUGACUCGAUAGCUAAGACGUCAGCGCUUAAACCCACCGAAAAAUAAAAUUUUGAUCUUCCUUCAGUACUUUUUUUUCAAUGUAAAGUAUACGUGCUCUUUCCUGAUAAAAUUAUGAGACGCAAAUUGAUGUACGAUCGAGACGUGCUCCAAUUUAUGCAAAUAUAUCUGUCUUAUAUUGUCAAUUGCUUCAAUUUUAAAUUGUCAAAAAUAUUUUUUCCCCAUAGUUUAUGUAGCGUUUCUCUGAAAAAUCACCCGGCAUCUUUGCUUUGUUGUGACUUUAAUGAACUUUUAUAGUUAACAUAAAAAUUAUCAUUGGAGAUUUACUCUCCUGUCUACCACUUCAAAAAUUAAGCUCAGUUUGCAAAUUGCAUAAAUUUUUUCUCUAUUUACACAAUCAAAUAUCUCAGUACAGCUUUGAACACGCAAAGUACUUUUUGCUACGAAUGUCAUUUUGUUGUUGAAUAAUAAUAACCAGCUUAUAUCUUUAAAUUUGUUUUUUCCUUCAAGUUCUUAGUGUAGAUGGAAUUUUUUUUAUGGCCUUUUUUCUUUAAAAAUCACUUUUAUAUUGGGACCUAUAAUGUACGUGAUCAGUUGCAGGAAGUAAGCACAGACGGAUGGUUCUUAACAUUGAAUUUGAUUGAAAAUGGAUCUCGUGAUGGUGAUUGCACCAGAGAAUAGUCUCUUUAGUAGCUUUCUUGAAAUAUUUAAAUUAACUGCUUGUUUUGUACAAUUUUGACUAGUUAAUUGAUUCUCCCUUUUGUCUAUGUCAUUGAAACUCGAGCCUCCUAUGCGGAUGUUCAGGAAUGCGUGACAAGCCCCUAGAACGUCUGCAUAGGAGCCUAGUGAAACUCCAGAGUACGGUGUAUCAAACCUUGGUGCACCAACUCUGGUCUUGUUUUGAAUUUAGCCCUAAUUGUAGUGAAAAACAUGAAGCAGGAUUAAAAGUUAACAUUAAACUCUGGUUUUAUGCUGUAAAGAAAGAUUUUUCUAGUCCCUUGGUUAACUUUCUCUUAUUAAGCUUUCACUGAAACAAUAUAUUGUGGUUCAGUUUACUACUUUUCUCACUUGGCUUUUGGUAUGCUAAUAUAUGAUAACACGAAAGAAAAUAAAGUUUAAACCAAGGAUAAAAUUUAACCCUGGCAUAUAAUUUAUAUACUAAAUGUAGGAUCCAGUUUUGUAUCCUCAAGAGUCACUUUGUUCAAGAGGAGAAUUUGAGGGAGGCCAAAUUUCUAAACAUUUAAUGCAUUGAUAGACUCCUUGUUUAUCAUUUGUCUCACGAUGGUCACCAAGUCAUUGAUUGUGAUGUUUUCUAUGUUUCGACAUUUUACACCACAACAGAAAAAGCAAUAGUCAAUAACUGUCUUUAUGUACACUAUGUAACGCAUUGUAGGCAAUACAUUGCUGAAUUGUAUCCAACGUGGGGCAUAGUAAUUUUUCACUAAAUUUAUUUAAGGUCACUUAACAUCUGUAACCUGUCAGUCAUGGACAGUUAAAUGCUGGAAAAACUGCAUUCGUGAAAAAAAUCAGUUUUUUAUAUAUCAGGCAGGCUCAACUAUCUCUCAACUAUCUGGUUAUUUCUCUACACACACGUCUGCUCAAAAGUGAUAGUAUGCGAUGGGUCUAAUUUCUUAAGAAGUUUGUUUUUGGAGGGAACAUGCAUGCAAGAAAUAUGACAGUUAUCACUCCAAUGGUUGUUAAUAUUUUUGUCAGUUAUCUUUGGGCCAACCGUUGAAUUUCUGUUUUUUCAUAGAAUUAUUGAACUUUCAUACAAAGCUUUUUUUAUUCCACAAUAUUGCAUUUUAAGAAGCCAAUAUUUACAUGUCAAGGGCCUAUAGUAGUACUUGCUAAACCACAAAACACAUCAAUGUUUAGACACACCCCUAGGCUACCCACUUUUCUGUGGACACACCCCCAGAAUGUAGGGGUCAAUGUUUUUAUAAUGGUUCUUUAAUUCUAAUUAGCUGUGUUUUUGAAAUUGCAUAAAAAUGGCUGCCAAACUGUCCAAAUAAAGUCUGUCAAGAGAUAUUUCAAUAAUUCUUAUCAUUCAAUUUUUUUUUUAAUCAGUUGGUUUCCUUAUUUAGAGUUUUUAAUGGAGUAUGGAAGUAUCUGAUCCAUACUUUCUAGGUGUUGUUAUAUUAUACAGUCAACUCUCUCUUAGUGGACACCUCACUAAAACAGACACCUAGAGUUGGUCCCCACCUUUCUCAGGUCUUGAAAUAAUUUCUGGAGAGUCUCCAGACAUGAUGACAAGCCAAAUUCAGUGUAGUUCAGUCACAUAUCAUUUCUGGCCAGUAACUGAAUUUGUAAGAUAAAUAACUCUUCAACCAGGGUUCCACAAACCAAAACUGGCAUUAUAUAUUUCCAAAAAAGUUGUUGCUUGGAGCUUAUAGCUCUUUAAAGCACUCAUUGUCAACAAUACAAGGAGAUUAUCGUACACAUUAAAUUUGUCCAAUGUCUCCAAAUAUAAUGAUUUCUGGUGUACGUAUCAUGUGUGAGAUCUUGAUCUUAAAACUCUGCCAGUAAUCCAUGUUACUCCCCAUUACAAGGGAAGAAAUUUGUAUUCAUCUAAAAAAAUAACUAAUAAAAGUAAAAAUAUUUUUAAAUUUGUGACUGGAACUGCGUGAACCCCAAUGUCUGUUCAAUGCGCUAAUAUUGUAAACAUCAGUUCUAGUUGCAUUUCACGCAGGAUUUCCGAACAAAGUUCCACAAUACACAGCGACUCACUACAUACUAAUAACAACUGAACAGCGUGGAAGUUUUAAUUUAUUUAAUUUUCAAUAUGAUCGAAUGUGACUGGUCAACAUGACCGGCAAGACGGAAGGUUGACUGGUCAACUCCUCAAUCAACUCCUUCAAUCAUUCUCUGUUGACUGGCCCCUAUAUCAAGCCCUGUUUCUUCACUCUUUUCAGUUAACCCUCUGUAAGAUGAACUCCUGCUCCAUGCCUUUCUUUAUUCCUUUUAGCUGACUCUCUAUAAGACCGACACCUAGAGUUGGUCCCUGAGUUUCUUUACUCCUUUUAGUUGACUCUCCAUAAAGUGGACACCUAGAGUUGGUCCCUGCCUUUCUUUACUCAUUUUAGUUGACUCUCUAUAAAAUGGACACCUAGAGUUGGUCCCUGCCUUUCUUUACUCCUUUUAGUUGACUCUCCUAAAAUUUUAGUUGGUUCUCCUUUUUUUACCCUGGACACCUAGAGUUGGUCCCUGUGUGUUUUUUAGUUGGUCCCUGGACACUGUUGGUCCCUUUGUUUCUUUUCCUUUUAGUUGACUCUCCAUAAAAUGGAAAGAGUUGGACACCCUUUUAGUUGGUCCCUAAAAUGGACACCUAGAGUUGGUCCCUGUGUUUCUUUACUCCUUUUAGUUGACUCUCCAUAAAAUGGACACCUAGAGUUGGUCCCUGUGUUUCUUUACUCCUUUUAGUUGACUCUCCAUAAAAUGGACACCUAGAGUUGGUCCCUGUGUUUCUUUACUCCUUUUAGUUGACUCUCCAUAAAAUGGACACCUAGAGUUGGUCCCUGUGUUUCUUUACUCCUUUUAGUUGACUCUCCAUAAAAUGGACACCUAGAGUUGGUCCCUGUGUUUCUUUACUCCUUUUAGUUGACUCUCCAUAAAAUGGACACCUAGAGUUGGUCCCUGUGUUUCUUUACUCCUUUUAGUUUACUCUCUAUAAGACGAACUCCUAUCCCUGCCUUUCUUUGCUCCUUUUAGUUGAUCCUUUUUCAGACAGACAUCUCUCUGAGACAGACACUUAGUGCUGGUCUGAGAGAGAGUUGUCUGCAAUAGUGUAUUAUUCUGCUCUUUUGCAGGGGCUGUGGAAGCAGGCAUUGCACAUGGUUUAAAGAAAAGAGCAGCUGGUCUCCUUCCAGCUCAAGACACACAAUCACUGCUCCUGAAGCUGGCAAAAUUGUCAGAGCCAGCUGCAGAACUUGUGAAGAAACUGUCAGGAGAAGAGGAUGCUAAUAAGGAUGGCAAAAGCUCAAUGCCAGGUACAAAAAAGAUCAUUACCUUCUGCUUGCUUUUACCCUCUAAGUCCUAAGAGAGACCAAUGUCCGUUUUCUCCCAACAACAUCAAUGCAUCAUUAAGAGAAAAGGUUACGAGAAUUCAUAAAAUGAUUACCAAGGCUGUGCUAUACAAGAGCCCGGUGGAUGCUGGGGCCUAACUUUUUCUCUAGGGCGACUAAAAUUCUUCCAUUUUUCAUACAAAAUCUUAAUGCUGGGCACACUAGAUUCUACCAGUUCAGAACACGGGGCUGACCUUUUGAUUUUCCUUAGAGCACAGCCUUGAAUCAGCAAAGCAAAAAUGCUUUGAUUUUUUUAUCAAAUUCACUCAACUAAUUCUUUAAUGUGGACAACCUUAAGCCGUAAGUCUGGAAAAAGAAAUUAUACUGGUAGUUUUGAGGAAAAAAGGAUGUUCAAUUUUGGAUCAAAAAAUCUGUAAGAAACUUGUGUUUUGUUUGCCAUCACUUUAGAGUCAAUUUCAUAAAUGUUUAAAUUAACCCCUAUAUAAUAUUUGUGAAAUUAGUAUGUUUUCUUUAAUAUUUGGCAUUGUUACAAUGUUAAGUCUGUUGCUAAGGCUCCGACAUGACUUUGACAUUCACUUAAAAAAUGUAGAUCAGCAUAAAUUUGAACUGAAAAAAACUUGUUGAUCAUGAUAUCAAUUCCAGUUGAUAGCUGCCAAAACAAAAAUUGUAGUAAAUAUUGUAAGUUACUGGUAUAUCUUUUUUUCCAGGUUUGGUUAUAUGUCCUGUUUCUAUCUGAUCAUGUUUUUGAUACUUAAUUGUUCAGGCGAAAAUAGCUGUUAUAAUAAGUAACUUUAAAUGUUAUUAUUUCUUUUUGUAAAAUCCAAUUUUGAUGUGUAGUGCAGCAUGUAUCUGAAUGGCAUUGUCAUUGUCAUGGUAUUACAAAAAACCCUCCAAGAAAAAGUCAACCAAAUUUUCAAAAUUGCCAAUAAUUUGAAUUGAUAGAGGUUUUAAUUAGCAUAAUUUUGAUAUAAGAAUUAUGCCUUUCUCCAAAAUGUUAAUCAACCUUAAGAACUAGUCAAUAAUGAAUAUGUAUAACUUUGAGAAAGUUCUAUGAGAAUAUAUCAAAUAAUUUUAAUCAUUAUUAAUAUUAUGCAAAUUAUCUGAUAUUUUCAAUAAAAUUGAAAUUACAUAUAUAGAAUGAAAAAAUUAUUAUAAUUUUUUUUAUAUUUGACUAUUUUGAAUAAUUUGUUAUUAUAUUCUUAUAUUUCAGUUAUUAUUGUUAAUCUUUGUUAUCUUUGAAGACUAAUGUUCUCUGUGUUUUAUUAGCAUUUAUAACAUAUUACGUGUAGUUGCAAUGACUUUUUGAACUUUCUCCCAGUAUGUAGCAACAAAAUUGAUUAAUAAUUGGACACAACUAUGUGUUGUUUUUAAUUAUUACUUUCAGGCCCUGCUGAGAGCCCAAUACUAAAGAUGAAAUUGAACUUCUCUGGCCUAAAUAGCAGUGUUAAUAAAAAAAUUAAUGGUUAUAAUAUCAGUGGACAUUGUGGCAAGUUUUUGUGGAUUAGAAUAGCGCUCUUAGAAAAACUGCUUCGCAAAAUUGUGGAGGACCUUCAAGCAAAUGCAAGGUAAUUAAUGCAGUAUCUGAUGAAUUGCAUUUUUUUCAUUUUUUCAAGUGACCAUGUUUUUGAAUAAAUAUUCUGCUAGCAGCACUUUUACUCACACGGUGGAAAAAACACAUACUGGAAGUCUUUAGGUUGUGCUGGCCUGCAAUGUUUUUCUUUUUAGAAAGGAAAUGUCCAACCAGUUCACCAUUUAAGUCAGCAAAACCAGAAAAGUUGUUGACAUAUUGUUUACUUUUAUUUUCUCAAUUCUUUUGAUAAUUACUAUGCUAAUCUUCAGGUACAAAAUGAUAGUCUGUAGUGUUUGAUCUGUUCCGUCAUCAUGUGCGACCACUGGAGGGAUUUUGUGGGACAUUGGCAAAUUUUGUCAGACAUUGUCCAAUAACCAACUGUUAUUAAUUUUGUGGCUCUGAUGUGAAUAAAAUUCAGACCAGUUUUAAGUAUCAUUAGGGUAUUCAUUGGUGAGGCUGUUUUUGUGUGAUCCAUGUUAACUUGUAUCAGUUCAGUGCUUUCUAUUCUUAAAAACAAACAAUGCUCAUGAGAAAGAUUCUCUUUCCAAAUGGCUUGUAUUUACUUGUUAAUCAAGCGUGAAUUGGACAGACAUGAUAUUAGGAGUCACUGUACCUAAGGCCUUAUUCCACCAACCCCUUUAAAUGUUUAAGUAGGAUUUCAUGUGACAUGGAAACACCAAACCACUUCACUUAAUUUUUUUGGUGGCAAAAAGGCAUGAUUUAUCAUGUAACCAGCCAAAGCAAUGGUGAUAUUUUCACGUGUGAAAAUAACAUGUAACAUGUUAUUUCAUGUCUGAAGAUAACAUACUUUCAUGCAAAAGCUCACCUGGUAUUUCAUUGGUGGAUAUAUAUAUGAUAUCAAAUAGGAUUAUUCCUGACCUUUGGGCUUGACUUGAUACAAGUAAUUUUGUGGUACUAUUGAUGAAUUUUGCAGCCAAUUCUAUGAACCUGAAGCACUCCUCAGUGAUCCUGCAGAUGGAAGGAUAUUUAUUGAACUUUUAGGUGUGUAAUGAUUUUUGGUCAACACAUUCUUAAAAAUUAUCAUAAUCAAAGUUGUAUUGUAUUGCAUAAAAUAACACUGUUAUUAAAAUGUGUUUUGAAUGGCAUCAUAAACAAAGACCUAAAAAUAUGAGGUCUUAAAGAUAUCUGGAUUCGUGAGGAUGGGGGCUCUGUUCAUGAAAGAAGGAAAGUACAGUAGAAUCCCUUUAACCCAAACUCUGAUGGGAAAUGAAAAGCAAUUCAAGUUGCAGUAGUGAUAGUUUUAGUGUUUUUAACAAUUAUACAACAAGAAGAGCUAUUAUAAUAGGUUGGCAUCCGAGUGGAGUUACAAGAACUAGAAUUAGAGUUUUGGGGGUAAAUUUAAGUGAAUUUUGAUCGAGGCAAAGGAAAUUUAGUUGGAGUUAGUGGGGAAUUCGAGUGAUCCGAGUUCGAGUUAACUGAGUAAAAAUGACUGAAAAGUAGGGUCAAAUCCAAGGAAAAUCAGACUUAGUUCAAGUUAGUUGGGAGAUCAAGUUAUCAAAGGGUACAUUCCUUUGAUAUGAUCUGAGAUCAUUUAGAUCAUGGUAGAUCAAAUGAACCGAUGAAUUCUUGUCCAGUGUGGAUUCAUCGGUUCAUUUGAUCAACCAUGAUCCAAGUGAUCUCGAAUAACUGAUCCUGAUGCGGAUCAUCCCAAAGGAACGCACCCAAAGUUCAUACUGUAUAAUAUUAUAAAGUCAUUGCACAUCAUAUCAUCAUUUAUACAUUUUUCAGAUGGUCCGUGUGCCUUGGAUUUCUCAAAGAUGAAGACUCCCGACAGCUACUGGACAGACCCAUCGGCAGAUGAACUUGUUCAGAGACACAGAAUACAUAGUGGGCUAUUCCAACAGACGCCUGCAAUGACGACAUCAACAUCACGACCACAACUUGGAGCUAGGAUGUCAUCCUAUGAUGAAAACGUAGCUGUCGCACCCUUGUUGGCAAGGGAACACAUUGAUUCUCUCCAUCAGAACUCAUAUGCUGCUCUUUUGUAUGGAAAAAACAAUGUCUACCUUGAACCUGUGAGUAAAACCAGUUUGCAAAGUAAACAAGUUAGUAAAUAGUUUAUCGGAUGUGUUUACAUUUAAAAGAAAUACAGUUGUAUAGACUGGAGCUAUUGGGCAAGGAAUUGAACAACUAGGAAGUUCUUUUGGUUCUAUUUUCCUAGCUAGAGGUAGCGCAUAGUAGCUGGAGGAAAUACAUUGUACCUGGCCCUGAGCCCUUAGUGACAGCCCCGCUUGGCAAGAAGCGAAUCUACUAGGCCUGUAUGGCUAGAUAGGUCAAGUUUCAAGGCCUGUGGCCCGUUUCUCAAAAGGCCCAGAAACUUUUCGGGCCCAAAGGCAAUUUUAAAAUCAAAACGUGUUGAAAAGUAGUACAGUUCCUAGCCCACAAACCAGUCAGUUUUGCUUCAUUAACUGAUUGUUUCAUUGUAUUAUUUUCAAAAUUAUUGAAACUUUGAUCUUGUAUGCAAACACAACAAACACAGAACAACUUUCUGGGCCCAAAAAGUUACCGGGACCUUUGAGAAAAAGGCCCCUGAUAUGUUUCACCAGUGAUGUUGUAUGUUUGUUGACCAGCAUGAGGAACACCCCAUCGCAGGAUACUUGUCGCUGCACAAGAGUAAUGAAAGCCUGCUCCUAAAGUGGACACCUAACAAGUUGAUGAGUGGAUCCUGUGAGCAAGAAAAGAGCCAGUUUUGGGAUUAUGCACUCACUGUCAACUUACAUGAUGUUGUCUACAUACACUGCCAUCAACAUGGUAAGGAAUAGUAUUAACCAAAGGUUGAGGACAGGGUUGUCAAAAGUAGCUGGCUGCCGGCGAAAAUCACCACCUACUUGGUUAGUAUUGGCCGGCUACUCUGCUUGGCAUUUCUUUACGGAUAGCGUUUUUUAAAUAAAAUAUCCCUGGACUGGCCGCUUACUUACUAACUUACUUUCCUGGACCCACUGUAAUUGGCCACAGCUGUUGCGGUGUCCCUGCCAAUGUUCUUUCUGUUUGUUUGGUUUUUUUUUUUUUGGCAAAGCUAAUAAAAUAGAAAAAAAAGUAACUCAGCCAUCUACUUCAAAACUUUCUGACAACCCUGAAGGAGUGCAGGAUAGUUCAAUCUAAGGUAAAAAAAUCUUUCCCUUUUGCUGUGCUUUCCGUAAGUUUCAUUUCAAACUCAUAUAAUGGUCAAAACGUUAACGACCAGAUUACAAGUGAUAGAAGGCCCAAACCGUGCAAGAUCAGAUUGUGUUCUAUGCUUUCCAUUCAUUCUUAGUGGAAGUCAAAAUGAAUGUGGACUACAUAUGUGCUGUGCAUGAAUAAUAGCAACCUUGGGAUUAUGAUUGCAGGCAACCAGAGGAGCCUGCAGUGUAAUUACAGUAAAUCUCCAUACUCCCUCUCUCCCCCACAGAAGGGAUUAGAAACUAGGGGAAGAGACGGUAAUUUCCAGAGAGGUGCAGGGUUGUAAAAAAUUCCUGGGGUGGGUUUGUAUGGAUAUUUUCUGGAAUUACACAUCACCAAACAUGUAUUUCCAAGUUCACUAUGGUAUGUGGUUGUAGGGGUUUAGUUAAGGACACACAAUCAGUUAUUGGGUAUUAAGCAGUUUGAGCUAUAUCCAGAAGCACUUAAGCUGUGCAGUAACAUAUUAACAGCAUCUUCACUUAGUGGAGUUGAGUGCCUGGGAUGUCCAGGGGCUUCGACUUUUGGCAAAGCCGGCCCCUAGACAGAGUUACUUCCCCUCGGCUGAUAAACCCGCCCCUUCCAGGGCAGUGAGGUUAAAAGCACAAUCCAAAGGCUAAAUGAAGUGAGUGGCCACUAGGAAUCACUUUACUAAGCGCAUGCAGCGAUGCAAGCAAGGCUGAUCAUCCCUGAGCCAAAACACUGACCACUGAUCACCAACAAGAGAUGGCGCUCCUUGUUAGUGUCUGCGCUACAUUGUUGUAAAUUCAUUUAACUUCAUCAAGUUAAUACAUACUUUAUUACUUUCAGGUGUUUAUGGAGUGGUAAUCUUGAUCGGACAAGACGGAGUUCAGCGUCCACCAAUACGCUUCCCAACAACAGGAUCACUACUGUCAUUCUUAAACUGCCUUGAGAAUGGACUACACCCACAUGGAGAGCUAGAUCCCCCUCUUUUUAACCCACGCUCGAAAGGACUUGGCUUGCCACGCCUCAAAAGACCUUCUGCAGGAGAUAAUGUACUGCUGUCAGCUAUUUCCAAGGGAGAGAAUACAAAUCAAGACUAUGUAUUUAGAUUAGUAUCUGGAACCAAACCUGAGGACUUGGGUAUGUGUUUAAGCUUUUACUGUCCUACUUUAGUCACCACAGGUCCCUUCAACAUAUAGAUUAGAAUGCAAGAUUUGUAAUGUUGGUCUCUACAAAAACGUAUGAUGGUUGCAAAUGUGGCAGAAACUCUGCAUCGCAUCAGUCAAAAUAGAAUGGCAGUAGAACCUCCUUAACCCUUUAAACCCUAAGAUCAAAAUUAAAAUUCUCAUUUAUUGCCCCUAUUCAUUUACCAUAGAAGUAUUGGGGAGACGUUGAUAAAACAUCAAGCAAAUUCAUCUUGUGUGAUCAUGUCCUUAAUUCUCAUGACCACUCUGUUUUACAAAGCAUUGAUAUUACAAGGAGAAAUUUAAUGCUGAUCACUCUUAGGGCUUAAAGGGUUAACUCGAUAUAAUAGUUACUUCCUCUUUGAAUCAGUUUCUGGUACAUUUUAACGCGCCAAGGUUUAAAAGGUUUCGACCAAUCAUAAGAGUUGCAAACAAUAGCCAAGAAAAGUUGAGAACUUCUCAUGCAUAGAAUUGCAUAGGAUUUCUGUGUUAUUUAAACUCAGGCAAGAUUUUGUUAUAAGCAAGUUGGUUAGAAAACAAAGAAUGGUUAUACAUACUGAUUUCAUUAAUUUUGCUGUUUAAACUCAUCAGAAGUGUACUACAGACAGUAGCAAAGUAAUAGUUACUUUUUCAUUCCGCCAUGUUCCUUGUCGUUUUUGCUUUUUCCUCUUCUUUAAAUCGUUACCUUAACUGAUUGAUUAAUUGUUCUUUUUGUAUUCUUGUUUCUUCAAUAUUAGACAAGAAUUUUUCAUGCACACAUUUGGCAUUACAGUGCGACCACCGUUGGGCCAUAAAAUUCCUGGUCGUAAUAACGAGGUGGUCACAUUAACUUGGUCUUCAAAAUAAUAAAAUUACUCUGUUGGGCCAAGAAAUUAUGGUCGUAAUAACGAGGUGGUCGCAUGAAUGGGGUGGUCGUAAGGCAGGGUUCCACUGUAAUAGGCUUGUUCUCUUUUGCCCUAGUAAAUAAAGAAAUGGAUAGAUUUUCGUCUCAACGAUCUAUCAAGAAGCAAGUUGGGUUGCCAUGGAAAAGGCAGGACCUCAGUAUGCGACUACAUUCCAGCUUUAAACGGAAUCAAAAACAGUCCUCACCCCACACAAUGUAGGUUACCAGAAUGUUCAUUUUUUUUUUUUUUUCAUGUGCCUUGAAGCUUGCAUUUCUGUCUUACAGUAACUGUCAAACUGGUAUUAACACUUCCACUCCAAUAAGUUACCAGUGAAAAAAAAUCACAAAAAAGUUUAAAUUUCUUUUUGGAAAAAUUAAUUCUAAGAAAUAAAAAGUACCAUUUAAAAUGUCUCCCCGAGAGGUUUCAUUUGAAUGUUAACAGCAUAGGACUUCAUCAACAGUCUCAAAAGUUAGAACUACAAAGAAAAUAAACAAUACCAUGUGAAAGAGAUUUCAUUUGAAUGGUAACACCAUAGGAUUUCAUCAACAGACUCAAAAGUUAGAAGCACAUACUAAAUAAACAAUACCAUGUGAAAGUACUGCUGGAGAGGUUUCAUUUGAAUGGUAACACCAUAGGAUUUCAUCCGCAAAUUUUAUAAGUUAAAGUGGCAAAAUAAUUCUCUCUCCAUAACAGAGUCUCAGCCUAUGAAAUAUGGCAUCAUCGGUCUCCAUUACAUAGUUUUGUGCUUGUCAUAGUAACUGAGUAAUAACUACAGGCUUGUCGUCACUCUUUUGCAUGUAUUUUUCUCAGGGAAUGUCUCAGCAGUGCUUGCGAGACCAUGAGACGGCAAAUCACUCUGAGAGCCUUCAACGGAUGUAAGUAAAUGAUGUUAUGUUUCUUUACAAGGCCAAUAGUAUGUGAUCAAAAACAAUUUCAGCGGUGUUCUUUUGUCUCUUCCUCGUCCCCAGUCACUCCCUUCUCGCACUCUGCGCUCCUUCCCAUCAUCCCCUCUCGCCCUUUUCGCUUGUCUCCAGCUCUCGUGCUUAUCGCUUGGCUCCACUUAUUUAACCUUUGGAAACCCUGUGGAGGAGGCAGCGUCAAUUUUGUCUCACCCUAGUGAAGCUACCUGCGAAUAUGGGUUUCUUUCCUGCUUGGUUUUUUGCAUGUACCCCCUCCUGGAGGUGUGAACAAGCCAACUACGCAAAUAAUAGGGUUGCGAACAACUCCACACGUACUUCAAGUCAUGCCGGAACGAAACCUCUACUCGUAGGGUAUUGUGAAGUUCUAGCUUUUGUUUCACAUUUCCCGAAGUUAGUGAGUAACAAAUGCUCUGUUCCCCCGAUUCUGGCCGCGUUAGUGCAGGAGGCUUGGUACUCAGUGUUUGAGGGUUCUCAUGAAUCUCGCAUGUGCUACAGCGUAUUGAAUUAAACUAGAGACUGCUCCCAAUUUGCCAGUUCACAGACCCCUUAUCUUCUACUAGAUUUCGUGGAACGCGGGUAUGAAUAUAAAAACCGCGGGAAACAUUUUUGACCGCUAGCGCAAGGGUGUGCGGAUAUCUAAUAAAAAAGCAGACUAUAUCAAGGCGUUGACAUGGAAAAUGACUUGAAAAAGACUCUUCUUUCCCCCAAAGAAGACUUCCCCUUUUUUUCUUCCCGUACUUUGCGCUUCCUUCCUCGCGUGCCCGCAAAAUUCGCCCUGAAAAAGUUAAAAAAAGAAAUGUUUGUAGACAAGUUCGCAAUUUCACCAGUUCCAAACGAGAAGUUUGUAAGGUUCAAUCUAGUACCCCUCAUUGUUUCGUUGCACUACCAAGUAAGUAAGUAUUAUUAUUAUUAUUAGCGAGGGUUGCACAAAAUGGCGUUAAGUAGCAGUUUGUAACCUGUGCGGAUUAAGUACAUUCUCCUGGGUGGCCCCUAUCCAAGGAUACAUUAGCCUGUCAAGCGAACGCUGUAAGGGUCUCGUCACGCGUUCGUUCAGUGGAGAUGGAACGCGUGAUGAAACUCUAAGAACCUCUGCGCGGUGGCCUAGGGAUGCUUUGUAUCAGAAUAACGUCACAAAUGAUCAUUCUAUUUGUGUACCUCUCGCAAGUAAAAUAGACCGCAGAAAUUAAUUUUUGUCUCGAAACUGUCUACAGGGCUGUCGUACGUGCGCCACCUUAAAACAGUGAGAACGCACUUGCUUUGGCUUGUCCGUCACAACAAAAUCAGUUCGGAAGAGAAUGGUGUUGAUUAUACUCAGGGACUCACGGAACAAGUGUGGAGAAGCUUGUACUAUAAAGGGCAGGUUAGUUUGAAAGUCAUGACGGUGAAAAAGUAUAAAUUUACCUGUAUAGUCAAUAUUUUUUUGUGCCAAAUUUGCUGACUGUUAUCACCGUUGUAGUUGCUCAAGCUUCGUAGCGGUGAUCUUGCCAUCAAGGAUGGCGACUGUCGUAACAUGAUGUUCAUAUUGCUUACAACAAAUGGCAAUAGAGAUAUCUAAGCAAUAGACCACACUUUCUAUGGGUUUACCGGCGUGAUAAUCCACGCGGUAUGUUGGGAGAACAUGACAAAAGCUGGUAAAUCACGAGCGGAAGGCGAGUGAUUUCAAGCCUUCUCCCAACACCCCAAGUGGGUUAUCACGUCGUAAACUUUCUCAAAAGUUCUUCGUCGGAUUUCAUAUGGCGCGGGAGAUUUCAUAUGCCGCGGGACCUCUCUCGACUUCGUCGCUCACAGUCGGCCGCUUCGCGGCCAAACAAGGCGAGGUCGACCUGUAGCAAGUCUAAUCACGCCGGUAAACCCAUAGAAAGUGUGGUCUAUUGCUUUUAUAAAAUAAUUUUAAGUUUUCUAUGAGUCUACCUGCACAAUAAACCAUAGGAUUUUAGCCAAUCAGAACGCGCGUACUAUCUUAGUUAUUUUAUAAAGAACGAUAGCAACGACAAUAAUAAUCAUUUAGGGCAAGCAAUGAUCUGCCUUCUAUUUUGAUUACAAAUUUUCUUUCAGAUCAAAGACGAAGAUGCUGUGAAGAAGUAUGUGUAUUUUGGUGGAAUAGAGCACUCGAUAAGAAAAGAGGUAAGACUGAUCACCCAAGAAACAAAACUUUUUUUGAGAAGACAUCAAGAUUACAAAAGCGCCGCUUGAACUGUCGGAAAUCAUCUUCAGCCAAAGAACCAUGCAGUGUCAGGCGGUGCAGUUGUAUUUAAGAAGUGUUCAUGUUGACGUUAGGCCUUGUGUGGUCGUUGUCACGCAGGCGAAGUCGGGUAGCAACGGAAAUGACCUUGAACUUUUACAAAUACAAUAUUGAGGAAAAAAAAAACAGACAGCUGUCAAAAGAUGAAAUUAAACGUUUGAUGUCGGUGAAAUAAUGCUGCUGGGAGAAAGAUUGUCCUGACAAUUUCAGUAUUAUCACCAGGAAUACAUCGUCAUCAUCAUCACCUCGACUACACUCAGUAUUGUCACCAUUGUUGGACCAUCAUCACCGCCACCACUAUUAGCAUUGCGCGAUAAUCACCAUCACCAUCAUCAUCACCAUCAUCGUCAUCAUAAUCAUCAUCGUCGUGGUCGUCUUCAUCAUAGAUAGCGACUUUAAUCUAUUUAUUCAGGCUGCUGGUACCAAAUAAUACUGAUAAACUUAUGGCCCUCAACAUCCUAAUUUAGCUGUGACUAUAACCUCUUAAUGUAAAAGCUUCCAGAAUCACUUUAUUUACUAAUUAUUUCAUAGGUGUGGCCAUAUUUACUGGGACACUACAAGUUCGGAAGUACACCCAGAGAUCGCCAAGAAACCGACAUAGCUGCUCAAAACGAGUUCCGUUCCAUUAUGGAGGAGUGGAAAGAUGUAGAAAGCGUUAUUCAACAGCAGGAGAAAGAACACGAGGUGGACGGCAUCUCCAUGGGCAGCACUGGAAGCAGGGACGAGGUUUAUGAACAGUUAGAAAUGAUCCACAAUGGGUUGGAAAAAUCCGAGGCUUUCACUCACCAGAGAGUGAGUAUUGAAGAGCCUGAAAUCGAAGGACUUGAUGAAGCUGGAAAGGCUAGAUUAAUGAACGGUCAGCUCAUUAUUCCACACCAAAACGGCGACGAUGCCGAGAGCGGCUGUUGCAGCGAUUGUGGAGAAGAAAAUGUGAAGAUUACGUCCGCUUUAAGAACUUGCCAGAAAUGCAGUAAGAGUUUUGAUUCCGUUGCGGAACUAAACGGCAAUGCUACUGGUCAUAUUCCCAAUGGACAUGGAUCGAGACACAACUCAGAAAAAGACUCCGAUGGAGACAUAGACAGCCCAAUAUACUGUAAACAGUGCAGUCGGACUAGCAAUGGAUCUAAAUCCUCGUGUCCAUAUUCAGUGAGUUCCAUUUUGUUUUGUUAUUUUCUCAAUUUUAAAAACCGUUAUAAAAUAUGAAAAAGGCUGGGAAAAGCUAUCGUUACAGUUAACGAUGAAAAAAAAAAAAAAAUUAAAAAACACUCUACUCUUCACCCUAACGACCCGUUUGAAGAAAUUGAUGUCAUAUACUUACACGUGAAUGUCGUAGACUCAGGGAUUUUGAUACUUUUCUUUGCUGAUCUGUUAACAAAUAUUUUUUAACUUGUUACUUGAAUACCCAGACUUUAGUAUUUUUUCCCUUGAUCUCAAUUAUAUAGGAGCGUAAUGAACAGCACCACAGGAAAGCACUGCUUAUGUCUUCAUGAACGAACUUCAUGAACAUACAGUCUCAAUCUGAUAAAAGUAGGAACCAACUGGUACAACAGAACAAAAAGUACUUUUUGAGAGUAUUUUUCGAUAGCUUUUCACUUUAGGACUUUAUCCACAGAUGCAAAAGUUUCAACUACCUUGCACACCAUAAUAAACAGUACUACAGAAAAUUACAUAACCAUUCUGACAAAGCUAAGAAUCGACUAGGACAGUAUUUUUAUGUAGCUUUCCCAGUAGGAUUUCAUCCACUGUCUCAAAUGCUCCAACAACCUUGUGCGGCGUGAUGUACAAAUACUCCUAAGUAGCUUUCAUUUGGAUAGUCUUACAUUUGAUUAGAAUUUCAUCAACAGACAGUCAGUUGUUCUAAUCGUCUUUUCCAAAAUGACGGAAAAUUCGCCACUUUAGAAACGAGGGAGCUAGAGCCGAAAUGUUUCCCGCAAUUGUUUCUGGGAUCGUUACUGGGGACGCACCGCUCAGCUAUUGGACAAUUUUUUUCCCUUAUCCAUAGUAACAGUCCCAAAAGUCUUUGCAAGUUAUCUCGGCCCAGUUUCCUUCUCGUUUGUAAAGUGGCGAAUAUUUGACCCUGUUUUCAGGAUCUAACUCCUUAUCUCUUUUCUUCGUAGACCGAACUCCUUGAUGACUUCGGAUUGAACCUUCACCGCAUUGAGAAAGACGUGCUAAGAUGCGACCGGAAUUAUCCGUAUUUCACCCACGAAAACCUCAAUAAACUACGAAACGUUAUCAGCAGGUAAUAUUUGACAUCAUCUUUAGAAGACAGUAUUAGACGAGUUUCUCACUUGUGUGAACAAAUUCAAUAACUGUUUUUUCUCGUCGUCUACCUCACAACCCUCGUUCCCAGGGUUCUCUCUUUCUGGCUCCAGGGAACGAAAAUUCUGGUUUGUCUGUCUAAAGUCACGUCAACGAUUUGUCUUGAAAAUUCUGCGACGGCUACAUAAUGUUAAGGUGGCUCGAUGGGGUUUUUUUUCGAUUUUGUUAGUCGCAUUCUAUUCUGGGGAUUAAUAGACUGUCUGUAAUCACCUUUUAAAUACCUCAGUCCGGAGUUUUGACCUAACCUUUCAUACCCGACCGGAUUUCGUUUAUCGGAAAAAAGAGAGCGUUUUUUCUCAAUCAUGUGAAAACCGAGGUAUUAAAAAGAAUGCUUACUUUCUCCACUAUUUUGGAGCCUGGUACAGGCCAUUAAGUGAUUUAUGUUGUAAUAGUUGUAACUUUUUCAAUCUGUAGUUACGUCUGGAAGACCCUGGAUGUUGGUUAUGUUCAAGGAAUGUGUGAUCUUGUUGCGCCCCUUCUUGUCAUCUUUGAUAAUGGUAAGUUACGUGCCAGCCUUCAUAGGACGCAUGCGUCAGUCUAUAAACGUUUGAAAGGAUGGGUUAUAGAAUUUAGCCCACUCGCCCUUGAACCGCCUGUAAAUCGCCCUGAACCGUCCCCAGUCGUCUCUUUGUCUCUCAUUAAUAUUUACGAGAGAAACGCGGUCAAGGGGAGCGCGUGGGGUGAUGGGAAGGAGGAAAGAGGGUCUCCCUUUCGUUAUUCUCCUUCCCAUCACCCCUCGCGCUUCCUUCGGUCACGCUUCUCGCGUUCAGUUCCUGCAUCCAAAUGUAGAUAGAGAAGAAUGGGUACGAGUCAGGUAACCGCUCGUGCUGAAUCCACGUCCCUUGUACCGUUUGUGACGUCAUCAGCUUUAACGGUCAAGGGCAACUUUAUCUUCUUACUUGUGUGAAAUUUUACACUCAGUGCAUGACCGAACUUUGAAAGCUGUUACUUUGCAUCUGAAACAGAAGGCCGUGAAGUGCUCGACCUUUAAACGGCGUUUUGGGCAUGUUUAGCUCUUUAUAGCCAGACAGUGAUCGGAAAGUGGCUCGACUAGUUUCAAGAGGUGUUUUCUGCAAAAUUCCCAGAAGCGAAUGGUUGGAAUUAAAAUGAAUGUGACCAUUCAGUUAAAACGUCGUUGCAUUGUCACAUUGGUUUUACCACAGCUAGCCCUCACAUUACAAGGGUUUGUAUGGGGAUUCCAGCGAUCGCCAUCCAAGAGUUAAGAAGGGUAAUAAAAAGGUGCAGAAUUCCCUGCCUUGGUUGCCAUUUGUUAUUUAUUACGUACUUCUGGCAUUUUUGGCCGUUUCAGAGUAAUUCCAGCAAUUUUUAGUUGUGCCUAACCUGCGAGAGUAGGCGCAUUGUUAGUUUUUGGUUCAGCGCGUAAAAUGAAGCUGAAAAAUGCGUCUGCUAUCGCAGACGAAGUUGUGCCGUUUUUCGUGGAAUCUGACCAGAAAGAUAAAUAAAAGAAUGACAUAGUCCUUUUCACCAACGUUGUUGUCAUUUUUUUUUCCUUUUAUCACAGAGGCGAUCACUUACAGUUGUUUUGUGGAUCUUAUGCAAAGAAUGAACAACAAUUUUCCCCACGGUGGUGCAAUGGACACUCAUUUUGCCAACAUGAGAUCGUUAAUUCAAGUAGGUUUACUUAUUUCUUCCUGCUAGUUAGUAGUUUUUGGAUUGGUGUCUCUGUCAUGAAAUUAAGCGAAAUUCUGUGUACAUUCCGUAAUGUUAUAAUGCACCAAUGAAGAGAAUUUGUUUGAAAAUCUAGCCUACACUAUAGGCGCAUUUAGGGCGGGCGGAAUCUGCUUCUUUCAGUUCGUAUUGCCCUGCCCACUGUCUUUGUUAACAGAGGAAAAUUGGGGCGAGUAGAAAUUGCAGGACUUAGGGUAGGUGUCGGGGCAAACGAAGGAGGUAGGGGGGAGGGGGAAGGGAGAGUAAAUACGGUUUUCAUUUUCUCUCCAGGCCCCUUCCUCUUUGACUCGCCCCAACUCUUUGACUUUUUGGAAUUUAAUAUUAUGGUUACGCAAGUAGAAUUAUUCUUUAAUAACCUCCAAUGCAGGGUAUUGAAAAUUAGGAUAUUCCAUCGCUGGGAAUCGUUUGCUGUAUUUUCAUUGCCAUUCCCUAAAGUGUUAUCACUGCACAGACAGACGUUAUAUAAGUAUCACUGUUGGACCCUAACGUUUAAAGGGCCCUAAACAUUUAAAUUAUCCGCUUGCUUUCUCCUCGCGUAGAUCCUGGACCCAGAGAUGUUUGAACAUCUUCAGCAGAAUGGUGACCUAACGCAUUUCUACUUCUGCUACAGAUGGUUCCUGCUCGACUUCAAAAGAGGUAUGUACAGCAAUUCAAAUCCUUUCCUCAAGUCGUCGUUGUUCAGACUUGCAGAAUUUUUUCUAUUUACAUCAUUGCUCUUUUUAAGUCUGAUGUCAUCGUAUGACGUCAUAGGCCGUACUGAGACUGCUCGGAAGACUGGGUUGGUGUUGGUGAUGUCAUCGUAUGACAUCAUAUGCCAUAUUGAGACUGCUCAAAAGACUGGGUUGGUGUUGGUGAUGUUAUCGUAUGACGUCAUAGGUCGUACUGAGACUGCUCGGAAGACUGGGUUGGGGUUGUCGAAUUCGCCACUUCAGAAACGAGUUAUCUUUCGAAAAGACUUCUGGGAUUGUUUCUAGGGACGGGUGAAAAUAUUAGCCAAUAGCUGAAUAGCGCGUCCGCAGUAACCAUCCCAGAAACAACUGGACACAUUUUAGCUCCAGUUCCCUUUUUGUUUCUUAAGUAACGAAUGGAAAUAACACUGUCUCAGGUCAGGGUACUUACCAUUUAACUAUAUUUAUAUCUGCAGCGACUUUCCGUUUCUUCAAUAAAUACCUCGAAGAAAAACGGCUUGUCCGUUCGAAAUAUAGGGAAUACUCGAGUCUUUAUUCUUUAUUAUUGCUGUUUUGUUAUUACAGUUCAUUGGUCUUUGUUAAAGCAGCAAGAUUUGGAUACCGUCAUAAUUAUAAAAGUCUCUACUUGCCGUUUACAUAAACAAUUCCGCUUGGAAAGUCAAAUGGUUAGACCCAAUCCGUGUCCAAUUUUAUGGUUUUAUGUUUAUGCACAAGAUUUCCACGCGGUUGGCUUGUGUAAAUGGUAAGCACCCUGAGUCUCUCACGUAAACCACAAAAUUGCUAAUCAGGCAAUGGCACAGCCUAACUACGCGAUCCUCGUCACUCGCAACUGUUCAUAGUUGAACUGUUCUCUUUUUUUUCUUUCAGAACUCGUUUAUGACGAUGUGUUCGUGGUGUGGGAAACAAUUUGGGCCGCGAGACAUUGCACCUCCGAACAUUUUGUUCUUUUUAUCGCCCUCGCUUUGCUCCAGUUUUACAGGUAAGAAAAUCGCUCGAUUAUUGAGACCCUCUUAGAGGGUUUACAUAUGUCUCUAGUCUGAAUUUCAAAACCUCUCGUUUCGCGUUUCGAGGAGGAAGCUAUGUGACUGUCAGUAUUUUACUAUUUUAUUUGCUCUUUUCUCUGUCGCUGUCACAGCUUCAACCCAUCUUUGUGUCGUUUGUCGCCACUUUUGCUCCCCUGUGUCGCUGUUUCAAAGCCUUGUCUCUUGUGGUAUUCAUUUUUCUAUCUUCAACUCUCUCGUCUCUGACAAGCAGGUAAAAAAUGGCCCGGUCCUUAUGAAACCUUAGGUUUCCACCACUUGAGAGCCGAGUCUUAUUAUUUUGUGUUACUUUUCUUACUUUAGAGAUAUAAUUUUGGACAAUAAGAUGGACUUCACAGAUAUUAUCAAGUUUUUCAACGGUAAGUCAGUAUGAAAGUUCUCUUCCCCCCUCCCCCACUAAUAUGUUGCUUAUGUUGCAAAGUGGCGUUUGCGAUCGGUAUUCGCAACUGAAACGAGAAGGAAACUGGGCCGAGUUAACUUGCAAAAACGUCUGGACCUGCUACCAGGGACAGCGGAAGGACAGCGGGUCCAAAGCGGGUCCCUAGUAACACGGUCCCAGAAACAAUUGCGGCACCCAUUUCGGUUCCAGUUCUCUACUCUUUUUUCUAAAGUGGCAAGAGAGGAUAAACCUCUCUUUAAUGUGGUGAAUUCAUUUCGUUUUGCCUUUCCUAAUAAGGCCUCCAAAAUGAGUUUUUUUCCUUGUAACUUACAGAAAUGGCUGAACGUCAUGAUGCGAGAGCUGCUCUAAGUGUGGCGCGGGGACUGGUAGCUAAAGUUCAGGACCUUAUCAAGAACCAGUAAAACAGGAAUUAUUACCAGCUGGUAAAACAAUACGAAAAAUUAUAUAGGGAAAGUACUAUUAGAAAAUUCUGCUUUAAAUUAUUGGACCAGCCGCGUGCUGUAAACUGCAUUUACUUCGGCCCCUCUGUAUAUUUUAGUCCUUUUGCCCUUAAAUAGAUUGACAGACAGUGCAAGAGGUUAUUUUAAAUUAACUCUGAGGGGUCGAUUUGACUUAAAACUUAUUUUGUAACUUAUUUGGAAAAAAAAUUCACAGUCCAGUAGAAUUUGAGUUUGAGAUAACUUCGACGGUGUGACAGUAACUCAAACUUAUGAGAUAUCUAUAUGCCAAUUAUCUGCCGUUAGGUGAUAUGUAUGUACAUAGAAGAGAGACGUAAAUAUUAAGUUUCGUGAAUAUAUUGUUAUUUGUAAAAAUAUUUUGAGGAUACGUUAUACAAUCCGUCAAGGGUACAUUGUUAAUGUAUUAGGUUCAGUAUAAUGUUGAGAACCUGUGGAGGGGUAAAUUUUAUUAAUGCGUAGAGGAAAGCACUUAUCUGAAAGCCUUACAAUUGUAGAUAUUGUUACUAAAGUUAAACUUGAAAUAUUUAAGCCAUGGAAAAGGAACCCACUCCAUUCGUAGUAUUUAUGUCUUGCGUAGACCACUUCUGUGCUUGCAUGUUGAAUGAUCCAGCCGCAGUUACCCUUCAGAAAGAUGAUUUCUUUGCUUGCUUGUAGAAUUUGUAGCAAGAAAAAAGUGGGUGUUCUGCGCACAGCCUGACACAGGCCUACCAGUAUGAUACAGUCAUACACUCGUGUGGUCGUCACGCAAUGUAGUCGUCGCGCGAUGCUCUUAUGUAUCGAAAAGUAUUGCGUUACGAUCGCUUCAGAAGCCACAAAAACUUUAAUCCAAACAAGCAAUCCUCAUAAAAUGAAUUAAAUUAAAUUGAAUUUAACCUGUAAGGGAAAUUCCCUUAAUUGGGGACAAGGGACUCGUGAAUGAGGCUCAUGACGUACCAGACCUUAUUUGUGAGCUCUUGCAGUUUCACAGUAGGGAUAGCUUAUGUGCAUCCACUGAUUGGUCGCACAACUGGGAAGUAUUGUAUAGUUCGCACCUUUAAUAAUUAUGUGUAAUGGCGUUCUUGCUGGUUUUAAAGAUUAGGUCCUGAAAUCAAGUUGACUGGGCUGGUUCCAACCCCUCAAUUGUUUUCAUAGACUGCAAAACAGUCCGUAUUUUUGCAUAUUCAAGAACGCGCCAGCGGAGAGCGAGACUGGGGAGAGACGCCAAAAAUAUGGGCGUGUGAGGCUCGCGCGCUUGGCACGUGUGAGACUCUAAAGCUAAGCUAAACCGAUUUUGAGAAAAAAACCGGCUAUUGUAGUGUUUGCGCAAGCAUCAAACGCUAAGGUAGUAAUGAUCGGCUCUAAACAGGAGCCCAUGUCUACACUUAACUAUUUCUCUAAGUGUUGGUUGCAGGCGUCGAUCCCUAAACCAUCAGCCUCUGGACGUUAUUCCUUGAACCAUUUUUUUCACGUUCUCAGACAUUAACAUUGGCCUCUAAACUUUCAGUAACCUGCAAGCAACUUCUCCAUUUGGGGGAGUCGCGAGAAGUCACGCGUGAGCAGCACGCGAAAGGAGACCCGAGUGCCAGGGGCGUUUCUCGCUCGUUUUCUCGCGGCUCGCUUUGCUCGCCAUAAAUGGAGAGCUUGCUAGCAGGCUAAACUUGCAGAAUAUUCAGUACUGAGUGUUCAACGUUUAGCGCUUUAUCUCUGUCCUGUGCAGGCGGAAAAUGCAGACCAUUAAAAUAAAACUCUUGCAGCGUAGAAUUCCCUUCUGAGCUGGUAUCUCUGACAGACUGUGAUAACCUACGUUUAAUUAUCUCCCCCAUCACUAUGAACAAGACCGUAAGAAUAAGGCCGUGAAGUAGUCAGUUUUUUCUGCUUGUAACGAAACUUUUUGUUUGAAAAGCACUUAGUUAACUUUCAUUUACUGCGCUAUUUGAAAAAGAAAUCUAGAUGGUAUAAACUUCCCGCGCCCGCUGCCGACGCUUCGCAUAGUUGUUUGUUUGUCUUCCACAGAGCUCAGUUGUGACAUUCACUCAGCCCAUGUUCCUUUUCUUAAAAUUUAUUUAUUUUUAUAGCACUUUCUAUAAACGCGUUGUAGAAUUUUAAUAGGGAGCUUAAGUAACAACGACGGCAACGGCUACAAAAACGUCACUUAAAAAGUGAAUUCGCACCGUUUCAAACUUUAUCGCGCUUAUUCCAUCUCGUUUACUUCGUCAAAUGUUGGCAAAUGUUUUUGGAGUUGAAUUCUAGAGGUCGGUAUCAAAGUUCAGGAAAAGAGAAGAAAGUUGUUGUCUUGUGUUCCCGUCCUCGACAAAACGUGAAUUCAGGCACUUUCACGUUGCAGUCGAGCAACGACGGCAAAGAAAUGUACAAAAAAGGCGUGAUGCACGUGCAAAGUUGUUGUUUUGCUAAUCAAACCUUUUGCUUUUUUGUCGUUCUCGGUGCCGUCCGCGUCGUCGUUGCUUAAGCUCGCUAAUAGCUUUUUUUCGAGUUGCACAAAGUCUCUUUAUUAAAGCUUUACUUUGUGCACAACCGUUGGAAUGAAAAUGAGUUUUAAAAUUUGCGUGUGGGUAAAAGCUUAUUUUUUGUGAAAGGAUGAACGCGAGGAUUCGCUUAAAAAAAGCCCAUAGGCAGGUCGAAAGGUGGCCUAUUUAAGUAUUCUUUUUUUUUCUACUCGUUGCUAAGUUUCUUCGUUUCGUCAUAUUUUUACCUCUUGAUUAAAAAAGCUCAACACCAUAUAUGGUGAUGAAGCUUUAUAUAUUGGUCACGUGACUGUGUUCUGUGUAGGGCUGUUUAAAACCGAAUUUCUAGUGAGGAAUGCAACGUUUGCACGGACAUGGCUUCAUUUUGCAACCGUGGUAUUUGCUUUUAACCCUUUAAGUCCCAACAGUGAGCAAGAUCAAUUUUCUCUUAACGAUGUCCAUACAAUUUCAAGAGAUUAGAUUCUCUCAACUCAUAUCAGAUCAGUUUGGAGAAUUUGUACGUGUAUAUUGGGGCUUCAAGGAUUAAGACGGCUGUUGAAUACGGGUCAAAAGAGUUACCCAAAGACUCUGUUUCACAGCGAGGCUAAGUGCGAAGCUGUCGAUACGAAAAUGAUUUUUUUAUUCUCACGCAAAUUAAACUCAUUUUCACAAGAAAGGUUUUGCAUUUAGCCUCGUCCUCUUGAAAGUGAGAGUUUUUGGAACUCGGAAAUGGCUUAAAAGUAAUCAUAAUGUUCAUAUAUACUGGAAACAGUGAAACUGAGUUGCUUUUCAAUUUUGCUUCUAUCUGAAUCGAAUGCUUAAAACAAGUCCAUCUAAACACCUAAGCCCUGUUCACACCACGAAAACAUGUUUAGUUAAACCAGGUUUAACAUAAUGAAAAUGACCAAAAGAAAACCUAAGAACUGGCUUUUACAUAGAGCUCGAGAAAAUUUCGGCUAUUCUUUAAUUUGUGCCAAAUUUGUAAGUGAAAUAAUCAUUUGGUAGCUUUUAUGAAGGAAACAAAUUUAACCCGUAAUUAACUAAACAGCAUUUCAGGGGUUUAAGGUUUGGUGUGAACGGGGCACAAAACUGUUUUAGUUCCAGAAAUCGUUUUAAUGUGAAACUACGUCCGUGUAAACCCUGUCUGAACAUAAUGACUUCCCUUAAAGUAUUGAAAAGA